AUGUUUGAGAAAAAGAGAACAGCUGUCUACUCUUCUCUUACUCCACCGGCAUACCCCCGCUCCUCUCUUCCUCUCAGCAGUUCCCUUCUCUCGUCGCUCUUCAUCUCUCCCCUUUCUCUCUCUCGAACGAUUUUAAAAACACGAUUUAGCUCCAUCGCUCCUCUUGUUGUUGCGAUUUUGACAAAAUCGGCACCACUCCUUUUGGUUUUACUCACGUUUACGCUUGUGGUUUCAGCAGUGAUCUUCAGCAGCUUCUCGAUUUCGUAUCUGAAUGCAGAAGCUUCAACCCGUUUUAGCAAGUUAAUCGACACUAAUCAUUCAAUUCUAGGUUGCUGAAUCACCUGAUAUGUGUAAGAAAAGGCAUAUAUGGGGCAAAAGUGUUU